AUGUCGGGGACCAUGGCUAUGAGCUCAUACCUGGGCUUCUGUCACCUCCUCCUUGUGAAGCCCAGCAGGAACAACCUGCUUCUUUGUGUGCAGCUGAACAUCAGCCAAUAUGACAAAGAAGAUCUAAAAGUAGUUUCAAAUAAAACGUUUUUAAAAAUUGCCAUUAUACCCCCGCCGCCCCAGUGCCGGCCCUUCCCAGGGAACGACGCCGGUGAGCGCCCGCGGCCGCCGCCUCCAGGCCCGGGGUCGCCCUGGAGCCGGCGCUGGCCUGAAGCACCGCCGCCGUACGACGUGCUUGGGGACGCGGCCCUGCAGCGCCUGCGCGACCGGCAGUGGCUAGAGGCGGUGUUCGGAACCCCGCGGCGGGCCGGCUGCCCGGUGCCUCUGCGCGCGCCCUCCGGCCCCAACCUGGGCGAGGUGCGGGCCCGGUUGCGCGGGUCCCUGCGCCUGGUGCGGCGGCUGCGCGGCCUGGGCCAUGCGCUGCGCGAGGCCGAGGCUGACGGCGUGGCCUGGGCACAGCUGCAUGCGGAGGCACAGCCGCUGCGCGCCGAGCUGGCCGAGCGACUUCAGCUCCUGACCCAGGCAGCCUAUGUGGGCGAGGCGCGGCGCAGGCUGGAGAGGGUCCGGAGCCGCCGGCUGCGGCUUCGCGAGAGGGCCCGGGAACGCGAGGCCGAGCUGGAGGCGGAGGCCACGCGGGCAGCGGAGCGCGAGCAGGAGAUUGACCGCUGGAGGGUCAAGUGCGUGCAGGAGGUGGAGGAGAAGAAGCGGGAGCAGGAACUUAAAGCUGCUGCUGCUGCUGGUGUCCUAUCUGAAGUGAGGAAAAAACAAGCAGACACCAAAAGAAUGGUGGACAUUCUUCGGGCCUUGGAGAAAUUGAGGAAACUCAGGAAAGAGGCUGCAGCAAGGAAAGGGGUCUGUCCUCCAGCCUCAGCAGAUGAGACCUUUGAGCAUCACCUUCAGCGACUGAGAAAACUCAUUAAAAAACGCUCUGAAUUAUAUGAAGCUGAAGAGAGAGCCCUCAGAGUUAUGUUGGAAGGAGAACAAGAGGAAGAGAGGAAAAGAGAAUUAGAGAAGAACAGGAAAGAAAAAGAGGAAUUUUUACUACAGAAGCGUGAAAUUGAGUCCAAGUUAUUUGGGGAUCCAGAUGAGUUCCCACUUGCUCACCUCUUGCAGCCUUUCCGGCAGUAUUACCUCCAGGCUAAGCACUCGCUGCCAGCGCUCAUCCCGAUAAGACAUGAUUGGGAUCAGUACCUGGUGCCAUCUGAUCAUCCCAAAGGCAACUCCGUUCCCCAAGGAUGGGUUCUUCCCCCGCUCCCCAGCAACGACAUCUGGGCAACCGCCAUUAAGCUGCAUUAGUAAAGAUGCUCCAGGAGUGUCGUCCAGCCAAGGCUCUUUCCAGCUCUAAGUAUUAGUGACCCUGCCAUCUUCUUGUACUGUAGUAUAAAUCACAACCUCUAAACUCCA